ACCAAUCACAACGUGGCAAGUCAGACAAGUUUCUAGACAGAUGAAGCGGAUGGUUUCAGAAGUGUUUAGUUUGUGUGUAAUCACGAGCCAAAGGUGCAUACUGCCACACAUCAGUAUUCAUCUGUGUAAUCGACAGUGUUUUGAUGACAUUCAUCAGUGUUAGUAGCUAAGUUAGUUAGGCGGCUACUUCGGAGAUACACGUCAUUAACACGGGGCAGCAUCUGUAGACAAUGAGAAAGGUCGCUCUACUGCUGAUUGUGCUGCUCGGCGUUACACAUUUUGUAACUGUCAGCAGAUGUGAAGAUGAUGACACAGAGAACAAGGAGCAGGUUGAAGAGGACAGUGACGAUGAAGAGGAGGAGGAGGAGGAUGAAGAUGAUGACACGGAGGUGAAAGAAGAAAACGGGGUGCUGAUUGUCACGGACAACAACUUUGAUACUUUCAUGGAGGGGAAAGACACUGUUUUGGUUGAGUUUUAUGCUCCGUGGUGUGGCCACUGCAAACAGUUUGCCCCAGAGUAUGAAAAAAUCGCUCAGACUCUUAAGGACAAUGACCCUCCUAUACCUGUGGCCAAAGUGGAUGCAACAGCAGCCACUGAGUUAGCAAAAAGGUUUGAAGUGUCAGGCUAUCCUACCAUCAAGAUUAUUAAAAAUGGGGAACCUGUGGACUACGAUGGAGAAAGGACAGAGAAGGCUAUUGUGGAUCGGGUGAAAGAGGUGGCUCAGCCAGAUUGGAAGCCCCCUCCUGAGGCGACACUGGUGCUGACCAAAGACAACUUUGAUGAGACCGUUAAUAACGCAGACAUAAUUCUGGUGGAGUUCUAUGCCCCAUGGUGCGGACACUGUAAGCGUUUGGCCCCAGAGUACGAGAAGGCAGCCAAGGAGCUGAGCCAGCGCUCUCCUCCCAUUCCUCUGGCUAAGGUGGACGCUACUGUGGAAGCUGAGAUCGCCACACGCUUUGGAGUUACAGGCUAUCCCACCCUCAAGAUCUUUAGGAGAGGAAAGGUGUUUGACUAUAAUGGACCCAGAGAGAAGUAUGGAAUUGUUGACUACAUGGGUGAGCAGGCAGGGCCUCCCUCCAAACAGGUGCAGACAGUAAAACAGGUGCAGGAGCUCAUUAAGGAUGGUGAUGACACCGUCAUAGUUGGUGUGUUCUCCAGCGAACAGGACAGAGCCUAUGAGAUCUACAUUGAGGCUUGUAACACGCUGAGGGAAGACUUCACCUUCCGUCACUCGUUCAGCUCUGAAGUGGCCAAACAGCUCAAAACAAAACCUGGUCACGUUGUCGCUGUUCAGCCAGAGAAGUUCCGCUCCAAGUACGAGCCCGAGUCACACACGCUGGCAUUGAAGGACUCUACGUCAGUGUCAGAAGUGCAGGAGUUUUUCAGAAAGCAUGCGAUUCCACUAGUGGGCCACAGGAAACCAAGCAACGAUGCUAAGCGUUACAGCCAAAGGCCGCUCGUGGUGGUGUAUUAUGGAGUUGACUUCAGUUUUGACUACAGGAAAGCUACACAGUACUGGAGGUCUAAAGUGCUCGCGGUGGCCAAAGACUUCCCAGAAUACACAUUUGCCAUCGCUGAUGAGGAGGACUAUGCAGAGGAGCUGAAGAGCCUGGGCCUGAGUGAGAGUGGCGAGGAAGUUAAUGUGGGAAUUCUGGCAGAAGGAGGCAAAAAGUUUGCUAUGGAACCUGAAGAAUUUGACUCGGAGGUGCUGCAAGACUUUGUUGUAGCUUUUAAGAAAGGAAAGCUCAAGCCCAUCAUCAAGUCCCAGCCAGUGCCAAAGAGCAACAAAGGACCAGUAAAGGUUGUGGUAGGAAAGACCUUCGAUGAGAUUGUUAUGGAUACCCAGAACGAUGUCCUGAUUGAGUUUUAUGCUCCCUGGUGUGGCCACUGUAAGAAACUGGAGCCUGAUUAUUUGGCUCUGGGCAAAAAGUACAAAGGGGAGAAGAACCUGGUUAUUGCCAAGAUGGAUACCACAGCCAACGAUGUGCCAAACGAAAGCUACAAAGUGGAAGGCUUCCCCACGAUAUACUUUGCCCCAAGCAACAGCAAACAGAGCCCUGUCAAAUUUGAAGGUGGAGACAGAACACUAGAAGGGUUAAGCAAGUUUGUGGAAAAGUAUGCCACAAAGCUAUCACAGCAGAGAGAUGAACUUUGAAAGUCUCUUCUUGAUGAGUAGCUAAGAACUUUUUCCUUGCAUAGUAUUAGAGGACACUGAGGAGGCCUCUGGGAGGGUUAAGGGAAUGUCCCCGGGCAUAAACUGGGUUACUGAGAUGACUACAAUGUUCAGUUUCUAUUCAUUCCACAGGAUUCAAAUUUCUUCUGUUUAUAAGAGCAUGUAAGAACUGUCGAGUCUUUUUAAAUAAAACUCAAAAUGCCA